GGCCGCCCGGCAGUUCCGCGCGGGCGGAGCGGCGGCGCGGCAGCAGCAUGGGCUGGAGCUGACAGCGCCCGCCCCGCACACGCCGAGCGGGCCAGCCCGGCCGCCGGGGAGCGAAAAGUUGUCGCGGGCGCCCGGGGAAACUUUGUGCCGCCCGGCGCGGUCCCUGCGCGGCGGCGGGUCGCGCUGCGCGGGCCAUGCCCGCCGCCAGCCUGCUGCCGCUGUUCGGCAGCGCGGCGGGGCCGGGGUCGCUGGGCGGCCCCGGGGGCGGCGGCGCGGGCGGCGCGGGCAGGAAGGCGGCGGGCCCCGGCGCGUUCCGGCUGACGGAGAAGUUCGUGCUGCUGCUGGUGUUCAGCGCCUUCAUCACCCUCUGCUUCGGGGCCAUCUUCUUCCUGCCCGACUCCUCCAAGCUCCUCAGCGGCGUCUUCUUCCACUCGGCCGCCCUGCGCCCGCCGCCGCCGCCGCCCGGCGGGCAGCCCCGCGCCCCGCCGCAGCCCGGCGGCCCCGCGGGGUCGUCGGCGGCGGCGGCGGCGGGCAGCCUGGCGCGGAUCCGCGCGGACCACGAGCGGGCUCUGCGGGAGGCCAAGGAGACGCUGCAGAAGCUGCCCGAGGAGAUCCGCAGGGACAUCCGCCAGGACAAGGAGAAACUUCUGCAGGACGCCCGCGGCAGGAAGGAGGCGGGCGCCGCGGGGCUGCCCCAGCGCCUCUUCCGCCAGCCCGCCGGCGCCGUGGGGCAGGAGCCCGUCGACCCCGCCGUCCGGCAGCGGAGGGACAAAAUCAAAGAGAUGAUGAAACAUGCCUGGGAUAAUUAUAAGCGUUACGCUUGGGGAUUAAAUGAACUGAAACCCAUAUCUAAGCAAGGACAUUCAAGCAAUUUAUUUGGUAACAUUCAAGGAGCAACAAUAGUGGAUGCCCUUGAUACACUAUAUAUCAUGGAAAUGAAAGAGGAAUUCAAGGAAGCCAAAGAGUGGGUUGAAAAAAACUUAGACUUCAAUGUGAAUGCAGAAAUUUCAGUUUUUGAAGUGAAUAUCCGUUUUGUUGGUGGACUCCUUUCAGCUUACUAUCUUUCAGGAGAAGAGAUAUUCCGAAAGAAGGCAGUGGAACUUGGAGAGAAAUUGCUACCUGCUUUCAAUACUCCCACUGGGAUACCUUGGGCAUUACUGAAUAUUAAGAGUGGGAUCGGUCGAAAUUGGCCAUGGGCCUCUGGCGGCAGCAGCAUUUUGGCAGAGUUUGGAACGUUGCACCUGGAGUUCAUACACCUGAGCCACCUGUCUGGAAACCUGCUGUUUGCUGAAAAGGUAAUGAACAUUCGAAAAGUUCUGAAUCGACUGGAUAAACCAGAAGGCCUCUACCCCAACUAUCUGAAUCCCAGUAGUGGCCAAUGGGGCCAGCAUCACGUCUCCAUUGGAGGGCUUGGGGAUAGCUUUUAUGAAUAUUUGCUCAAGGCAUGGCUGAUGUCAGGCAAGACAGAUGAAGAAGGCAGGAAAAUGUAUUAUGAUGCUGUUCAGGCCAUCGAGACCCACCUCAUUCGGAAAUCAAGCGGAGGGCUGACCUACAUUGCUGAGUGGAAGGGUGGACUGCUUGAACACAAGAUGGGACAUCUGACUUGUUUUGCUGGAGGCAUGUUUGCUCUAGGAGCAGAUGGAGCACCUAAUGACAAGACAGGCCAUCACAUUGAGCUUGGUGCUGAAAUUGCUAGGACUUGUCAUGAAUCCUAUGAUCGUACAAGCAUGAAGCUGGGACCAGAAGCCUUCAGAUUUGAUGGUGGUGUUGAGGCCAUUGCUACAAGGCAAAAUGAAAAAUACUACAUCCUCCGACCAGAAGUCAUAGAGACCUACAUGUACAUGUGGAGGCUCACGCAUGACCCAAAGUACAGGCAGUGGGGAUGGGAAGCUGUAGAGGCACUGGAAAAAUACUGCAGAGUAGAUGGUGGCUAUUCUGGCAUCAGAGAUGUUUAUAACAAUCAUCAAAGCCAUGAUGAUGUGCAGCAAAGUUUCUUUCUUUCAGAGACACUCAAGUACUUAUAUUUGCUGUUUUCUGAGGAUGAUCUUCUUCCAUUUGAACACUGGGUCUUCAACACAGAGGCUCAUCCUCUGCCUGUUCUUCACAAAGAUGAUGGAAAUAAAGAAGAAAACCAGAAAUAGAUCAUGAUUAAGCUACAUAUUGUUUCAUUCCUUAUGUUUCUUUCCAGGACUGGGGCACACAAUUUGUUUUUAAAUUCCUGAGUUAAGUUUUUAAAUCAAGUGUUUUGCAGUCUGUUUUCUUUACCAGUAGAUAUUUGUGAAUGGACCCAGACUCACGAUAAAUCAUCAUUCGUCUUAUCCAGCUGAACCACUUCUUAGAAAAGAAAUACAACAUCACAUCUCUCCUGGUUUUGUUAGGCUGCAGCGUCAUCUUGGCCACAAAGAACAAGGGUCUGCAUAUUCCUUGUUUCCUGUUAUGCUUUUGAUUUGACUGCAAAAUUCUUUCCUCCUCUGUGAGGAGAUAUCUGCUUUAAGCUGUAAUAUUUUGCCAUGUUGCAAAAAGCCAUAUUGAAUUAAGUAUAAAGAGCUUUUUUUUCUUUUUGUUUGUUCUAUGUUAAUUUGUUUUGUUUGUGCGUCAUCCCAGACAAAUCUUGUGACUGUGACAGCCUCUUCUUAUGCGGGUCUAUCAUUAUUUGGUAAAGUAUCUGAUGUAUUUCAUUGUCAAUGAAGUCUACAAAGGACUAUUUUCAUCUCAUGCAGACAUGACUGUUAGAAAUUGCGGUAUACGUUGAAGUUAUUCUAGAUAAGUUUUUAUGAAUUUAGCGCGUUCAUUAGCAGACCUUAGUUUUCAGGGUUUGAUUAGAAUAUUGUUAUAGACCGAAUUGUUUCUUCCCUUUUGUAGUAGUUAUUCUCAUCUGUUUAGUCAGGCUAAUAUUCAGUAAAAUAAGACAGUCAUUUCUCAAUAAGUAAGGGAGUCUUUUCUUCUCUGUGAAUUUAGUCCAGCAGCUUUCAUAUGGUUGGACUGCAAAAGAAAAAAACAAAAAAACUCAGUGACGUUCUUCUCAAAACUGAGCUGAGAAUUAUUCCAGAGACAAUUUGUUUGGAUUUGGGUGACUUUCUCGAACAUUAGUUCAGACUGACACAAGCCCUCUGGGUUUAUUGUCACAAAGCAAUUUAAUGUAUUUACAUGAAAAAAAAAUUAGAAUUCAGAUGCCUUGAAGAAAACUUAUCUCCUUAAAAAAAUGUAAUCAUUCAUUGCAGAAGUUAUCCAGCAUAGAACAAAAAUUUUUGAAAGCACUAACAGUGCCUUCUCGAAGUGACAGAAAUGCAGUGUGUUAAACAAUAUUCCUUAGAUUAGAGGCCCAGUUUACUAAGAAAGGUAACAGCUUUGCCAAAAAUGUUCUAUUUAAUGGCAUCACCAAAGGGUAAAAAUCAGGCACAAUUAAUUCCUUUCUCACUUUUUAAGUGCAGUUUGGAGUGUUUUACAUGAUUUUUACAUCCAUAUAGAUUUUCAUUUAGUGACAGGAUGACUUUUAUACAUUGAGUAGGAGGAUAUAACACCUGAGGAUGUAACACUUGACUUCUCAUCCUGAGAAAGUGCAUUAGUAGCUGAUUCAACUGCAGCAAAGCAAACAUGGUUCUGAACAGCACUCAUCUUUAAAGUUAUUUAAUUAGAUCUCAUGUGUCCUGUAGCUAAUCACAGCUGCGGAAGCACAUUUGUUUAGGCAUUACAAAAUGCAUUUUACAGAGAGCUAAUACGACUUUUUUCCAUACUGAUAGAGGUCUGCAGUGUAGGCUUGUCUUAGGUAGAAGCCAGGUGCAAAGAUAACUGACUGCAUUUUUAUGUACAGCAGCUGGAGGCAGACCCGUAACCUUUGCAUCCUGGAGCGGGCAGAGACAGCACUGCCCACCCAGUUCCACUGCAGAGCAGGGAGCACCCACUGCGUAAGUGGCCAAAGACAUAAAUAUAGGGGGCAUUUAUAUAGGGGUCUUGCGUGGCACCAUUGCUGCCGUUGCAGGGCAGGCAGAGCUGCGCAUUCACCCUCAGAGACUAGCAGAGGCCCCCUGCGGAGCCUGCGCAACCCACAGUGGGGAGCGCUGAUCCAAGUGUAUGCGCAUCUGCCUAAAGAAAAGCCUGCUCACAUGGACUUGGGACUUUUUUCCUUUAGUGCUAUGAUUAGUUUGGAAAAAAAAAGUAUGGGUUCUCUCAGAGGAAUGAGAGCAAUGUAUGUCACAGUAACAGUUUCAGAACUCGUGAGGAUGAAGUUUGGGCUCUCCUCCAUGGAAAACCAGAGCUCCUGCUUAUUUUGAUACUCCAGAAUUUGUACCUUUGGAGGACUAUCAUAUAUCUUGGUGUUUCUUCAGAAACUAUUUAUAAGGGAGCAUUUUUUUCCAGGUACCACAGAGAAAUGAUCACUAUGGAAUGAAACUAAAUUCUCUUCUCCCUUUAACAAAAGAAAGUAGUAAUAUUUACUUUUGUCUUAAUUAUCUUUAUCUCUAGGGUCAUUUGCUGCUGGCUACCAUGAUUGUGCACAUGCUGCUAUAGGCUUAUGUCAGUUAAAUAACUACAAUAGCUCAGAAAAAAUAGUCUUUGCGAAAUGUGUUUUGUAAGCCUGUUUUUAUAUGGUUUUCUUGACCAGCGUCUGCUUCCCCUAGAUGUGUCUAGUGAUCUUGUGCUCACUCAGUAAGUUUAAGAGAAACAAUGGAAAAUCAGAUACCUAUUUUCCUUGUUUCAAAAAGCAGGCCAACACAAAACUCCUGUAUGCAUUGGGUUCUGUGUACUUAGAUAUAUGUGUUAUGACUGUUUACUCAUAAUACAGACAUUCAGUAUGUCUUUUUAUUUUUUUAGUUUAGGAGUUAUGAUUUGCAAGAGCACAAAUUUGAUGUGACUGGUAUUGGUAUUCAGGUUGUAUGUACAAACUGCACUAUACUGUACUUUUUGUAAACUAAUGUAAGUAGACAAGAAGAUUGUACAGCGUGUAGAUCUGCCAACUGUAAGAAAAAAAAUCUUUUCAUAAACUGAGAAUAUAUUGAUUUUAUUUCCUUUUUUUUAAAAAAAAAAAAAAGAAACCCUAAAACACCAAAGUUAGAACAGCCGUUUUGAAACAGUCAAUACUUAGCAGUGGUUGCUAGAUUGUUGAGAAAACACUCAUUCGACUUCCCAUUCACUUAACCAGCUGUGUGGAAGUGGCUAGUGGUGGUCACUCUGUGUACCUGGUUGUUCAUAAAAGCAAGAGAAGUUGCUUUACUGGUGGGGCAGGGAGGAAAACUUUGGAGAAACACACUGCCUAUGCUUCCUUCAUUUCUUUGUAGCAUAAUAAUGUAGGUAAAUCUACAUAAGUUAACUCCUAAGAGGUGAAUAAUUUUAAAUGACACCUAUAUUAUUUCAUGAAAACAACAACACUGUUUUGAUAGUUUGUGAAAUAAGCAUUACAUGUGUUGGUUGUACACAGAUUUUUGCAAUGCCCAAUAGUUCACUGUUUUUAUGGUGACAUCAUCAUACAUACUAUCCAUUUCUUCGAUGCAUUUAAAUUGUUUUUGAUUUGUACAUAGUCCAUUUAGUCUUUUCACCUUUAUAUAAACUCUGAAAUUAUGGAAUACAUAAUAGAUCAAGAUGCUUAAUUUUUAAGAACUUAUAUUUGUAAAAAUUUCUCUAUUGUGAAUAAAGUCUUUUAAUAUA